AUGCUGGGGGUGGCCGGAAUGACGGGCAGCAUCGCCAAUGCGCUGGCCAGCGCAGCCUGCGAACGAUGUAAGAGUGGCUUUGCGCCCACUGAGAAAAUUGUGAACAGUAAUGGAGAGUUGUACCAUGAGCAGUGCUUCGUGUGUGCCCAGUGUUUCCAGCAGUUUCCGGAGGGACUCUUCUAUGAGUUUGAAGGCAGAAAAUACUGUGAGCACGACUUUCAGAUGCUCUUUGCUCCCUGCUGUCGCCAAUGUGGUGAGUUUAUCAUUGGUCGUGUUAUUAAGGCCAUGAACAACAGUUGGCACCCUGACUGCUUCUGCUGUGACAUUUGCCAGGCUGUGCUGGCCGAUGUGGGCUUUGUCAAAAAUGCUGGCAGGCACUUGUGUCGCCCGUGCCAUAACCGGGAGAAGGCUCGUGGCCUGGGCAAGUACAUCUGUCAGAAGUGCCAUGCAAUCAUUGAGGAGCAUCCGCUAAUCUUUAAGAACGAUCCUUACCACCCAGACCACUUCAACUGCAACAAUUGUGGGAAGGAGCUCACAUCUGAUGCCAGGGAACUGAAAGGUGAACUUUUCUGUUUGCCCUGCCAUGACAAGAUGGGCGUACCUAUCUGUGGCGCUUGUAGGAGACCCAUCGAAGGGCGUGUUGUCAAUGCAAUGGGCAAGCAGUGGCAUGUUGAGCAUUUUGUCUGCGCCAAGUGUGAGAAGCCGUUCCUUGGCCAUCGUCACUAUGAAAGGAAAGGGUUGGCUUACUGUGAAACGCAUUACAAUCAGCUGUUUGGUGAUGUCUGUUACCACUGCAAUCGUGUGAUUGAGGGCGAUGUCGUAUCUGCUCUCAACAAGGCAUGGUGUGUCAGCUGUUUCUCCUGCUCCACUUGCAACACGAAGCUCACGCUCAAAGAUAAGUUUGUUGAAAUAGAUCUUAAGCCAGUGUGCAAGCGUUGCUAUGAGUGUAUGCCUGAUGAGCUGAAACGCCGCCUGGCCCGCCGUGAGCGCUACGCCAAAGAGUGCAAGAAAAAACCUGCUUCUUCUCAGAACAAAUUUGUUGAGUUUGAUAUGAAGCCUGUUUGUAAAAAGUGCUAUGAGAAGUUUCCUCUUGAGCUGAAGAAAAGGCUGAAGAAGCUGGCUGAAUCUUUAGGACGCAAGUAG